CAGAGUUCAGGGGUUCAGGGCUGGGCCCACCGUCUCUGGUGCCUGGGGAUAUCAUUCUCUUCCUCACCCCUGCCUGUAGUGGGGCUGGAAUUUGGAGUUUGACCUGCAAGGAGGCUCUCAGCUGUGGGCGGUGCAGGAGAGGGCGGCCGCUGUCCCCUGGCUAGGAGGGGGGGAGGAGCCGGCGGGGGGGUGGGGCCCUUCUCCACAACCUCCUUCUGCCUCAGAAGCCACGGGCAGGCCCCAGGGCAGGUGAGCCCUGCAUCAGAGGAAGACCUGCUGGGUUCUAGAACCAUCCACCCUACUCCUCAGUUCUGCAUCAAUCUCCGCCUUGAACUGCUUCCUGAGCUCUAAGCCCUCACCUUCCCCGAAGCCCCUGGAUUUGGAAGCAGCAGGUGUCCUUUCGCUUGCUCCAAGGAGGUAGCCACGCAGAGGGUGAGGAAAUAGCUCUGGUGCUGGCAUCUGACCCGCUUUUGCACUUCCCGCAGGAUUGAAAGUUUGCUCAGGACCAUGGAGAGCAGCUCCGGCAGUCCUCAGCCCACGGAGUCUGAUCCCCUGGAGGCUUUUCCCCAGAGGAGCCUGGAGCCAGGUGACAUCGCGGUGUUGGUUCUGUACUUCCUCUUCGUCCUGGCUGUUGGACUUUGGUCCACAGUGAAGACCAAAAGAGACACAGUGAAAGGCUACUUCCUAGCCGGAGGGGACAUGGUGUGGUGGCCAGUGGGUGCGUCCUUGUUUGCCAGCAAUGUUGGAAGUGGGCAUUUUGUAGGCCUUGCAGGGUCGGGUGCUGCUGCGGGCCUUUCCGUAACUGCUUAUGAGUUGAAUGGCUUGUUCUCCGUGCUGAUGUUGGCCUGGAUCUUCCUGCCCAUCUACAUCGCUGGUCAGGUCACCACGAUGCCAGAAUACCUGAGGAAACGCUUUGGUGGCAACAGGAUCCCCAUCAUCUUGGCUGUGCUCUACCUGUUUAUCUACAUCUUCACCAAGAUCUCGGUGGACAUGUAUGCGGGUGCCAUCUUUAUUCAGCAGUCUCUGCGCCUGGAUCUCUACCUGGCCGUAGUUGGGCUGUUGGCCAUCACAGCUCUGUAUACCGUUGCAGGUGGCCUGGCUGCUGUGAUCUACACGGAUGCCCUGCAGACUCUGAUCAUGCUUAUAGGAGCACUCAUCCUGAUGGGCUACAGUUUUGCUGCAGUCGGAGGGAUGGAAGGCCUAAAGGAGAAGUACUUCUUGGCCCUGGCUAGCAACCGGAGUGAGAACAGCAGCUGCGGACUGCCCCGAGAUGACGCCUUCCAUAUUUUCAGAGACCCGCUGACAUCCGAUCUCCCGUGGCCCGGGAUCCUAUUUGGAAUGUCCAUCCCGUCCCUCUGGUACUGGUGUACGGAUCAGGUGAUUGUUCAGCGGUCUCUGGCUGCCAAGAACCUGUCCCAUGCCAAAGGAGGCUCUCUGAUGGCUGCCUACCUGAAGGUGCUUCCUCUCUUCAUGAUGGUAUUCCCUGGAAUGGUCAGUCGUGUCCUCUUCCCAGAUCAAGUGGCUUGUGCGGACCCAGACACCUGCCUGAAGGUCUGCAGCAAUCCCUCUGGCUGCUCAGACAUCGCGUACCCCAAACUUGUGCUGGAGCUCCUGCCCACAGGGCUCCGUGGGCUCAUGAUGGCCGUGAUGGUGGCGGCGCUCAUGUCCUCCCUCACCUCCAUCUUUAACAGUGCCAGCACCAUCUUCACCAUGGACCUCUGGAAUUGCAUCCGGCCCCGGGCGUCCGAGAGGGAGCUCAUGAUUGUCGGCAGGGUGUUUGUGUUGUUGUUGGUGCUGAUCUCCAUCCUCUGGAUCCCCGUGGUUCAGGCCAGCCAGGGGGGCCAGCUCUUCAUUUACAUCCAGUCCAUCAGCUCCUACCUGCAGCCGCCAGUGGCUGUGGUCUUCAUCAUGGGAUGUUUCUGGAAGCGGACCAAUGAAAAGGGUGCUUUCUCAGGUCUGAUCUUGGGCCUUCUCCUAGGCUUGAUUCGGCUGGCCUUGGACUUCGUUUACACGCAGCCUCGGUGUGACCAGCCAGAUGACCGCCCCGCCGUGGUGAAGCAUGUCCACUACCUCUACUUCUCCAUGAUUCUGUCCGCGGUUACUCUGAUCACGGUGUCUGUUGUGAGCUGGUUCACGGAGCCACCCUCCAAGGAAAUGGUAAGCCGCCUGACCUGGUUUACUCGUCAUGACCCCAUGGCCCAGAAGGAACAGCCAUUCCCACCAGCAACUCCCCUGCCUCUUCCCGUCUCUCAGAAUGGGACCCCCGAGACCAGCAUCACCACCAUCCAGUUGGAGAUGAUUCAAGAAAACAUAUCCAAACCCCACAGCUGUGACACGACCCCAGAGCAGUCCAGAGUGGUACGGGCCAUCCUGUGGCUCUGUGGGAUGGAGAGCCGGGGCAAGGAGGAGCCCCCCAGCAAAGUGGAACCCGUCAUCGUCUCCUUGGAAGAAAACCCCCCCGUGAAAACCCUUCUGGACAUCAACCUCAUCGUGUGUAUUAGCUGUGCCAUCUUUGUCUGGGGCUACUUUGCUUAACGUGGGGUGAACCCAGGGGUCUGAGCUCUCAGUUUAUUUUCCGUGCCCUGUUUUUGUAAUGAGAGAAGAUAAGUAAUAAAGCUUUGUUUGUUUACCA